AUGCCAUCUGUAUCAAAAUCUAUUAUCGCUGAUGAGUCCAGAUCAAUGAUUGCGGCCAAUUCAUCAACACUCUUAGAAAUACACAAGGUUCGAAUUCCCAGCCACGUAUUCGCAUUCGGACACUGCAAUGCUUCAGAGUUACCUGCACGGAUGGCGCAUACGAGUAUCCUGCCGGCGGAGCGUGAGGCUUCGAGCAUUGAGGGGCUGGUGCGCUUGAGCUGUGGCAUUGAGGAGGUGGAGGAUUUGACGGCUGCGUCGGAUGGGCUGGAAGAUGUGGAUAGUGGGUGCGAGAGCGGGUUGGUGAUGCCGUCAGAUACUUUGUUCCAGAUAUGUAUUUAA